AUGAAGAACUCCAUGUUCUGGCCAGCUUUGCUCCUCGCGAUGAUAUCUGUGGAGAGAUCCAUCGCUGUCGCCGACGUUGGGGGUCAACCAGGGACAAUACCCGCCAUGUUUCCCCCUUUUCUUGGAGGCAACUCGCCAUGGUUCCCAGGCCCAAAUGUAACCGACAUCCCCUAUGAAAUCCCCGAAGGAUGCACCAUCGACAUGGCGUCCAUCACCAGCCGUCACGGUUCCCGGUAUCCAGACCCUGCCGUGUACAAGCAGUGGCUGGGCCUGCAGUCUAAGAUCCAGAACUCGUCCGCCACGGCCCAGGGUGCGCUCUCGUUCAUCUCGUCCUGGGACCCGACUCUCAAGAAUCCGGGCAAACUUCUCACACAGCUCUCGAUCGGUGGCUCUAAGGAGCUGUACGACAUGGGUGCCGCCUACCGCUGGAGAUAUCCCGGCCUGUACGCUGACAACACGCCGUUCAUUCUCUGGGCCAAUGCAUUCUUCCCCACCUCGCCCAGGGUCAUCGACUCGGCCAGGCUCUUUGCCCGUGGGCUUCUGGGUCCGAACGCAACGACACUCGGCACAGUGUAUGUGUUAAACAAUACCGAUCCGCGGGGCCUCGCGAAUUCUCUGGGCGUGUCUGAUCUGUGCCCGGCAUACAACGAUACCAUGGGCGGGUCUGCAGCGGCCAUCUGGGCAAACAUCUACCUCCCACCGAUCGCGGCGCGGAUCAAUGCCCUCACAUCACCUAAGGGGGCCGUCAACUUCAACAUCACAGACGUGGCCAUGUUUCCGCUUCUCUGUGGGUUUGAGAGCGAAAUGACCGGCCAACGGAGUCCCUGGUGCGACUUGCUCACCCAGCAAGAGCUGCAAGCGUAUGAAUACUCACAAGACCUGCGCUUCUACUACGGCCAUGGGCCCGGAUCCCUCAAGAACAGCACCUUCAUGCUCCCCUUCCUGUCGGCACUGGUCUCACGCUUCGUCGACGGUCCGAACAAGACAUACACUUCUAGCGACGGGACCACUUUCGUCCCGCCACCCUUGAUUGUGGCUUUCACCAACGAUGCGCAGAUCAACCAACUUGCGAGCCAAAUCGGUGUCUUUAACGACCAAGCUCCGCUGCCACCGGACCGGAUCCCAGAUAAUCAACGAUACAUCUCCUCGCGCUUCGUGACGAUGCGCGGCACCAUCGGCUUCGAACGGCUGACCUGCACCACGGGGAGCGGCAAACCCAGCCAGACCACACCAGGACAGUUCCUCCGCGUAGUCCUCAACGACGUCGUCUACCCCGUCUUGGGCUGCGACUCGGGACCAGGCCGCUCUUGCCCGCUAAGCCAGUACGCGCAGCUCGUGGCGCAGAAGCAGACUGAGGCGGGAGGCUUCGUGGAUGCUUGUUUCGGGGCCAACCAGACUGCUGCGAAGAGGGCUUUAGCCGCGGCCGGCAUCACGGGCACCCCCAAGACGACUUUCUUGUCUGAUUUGGCUGUGCCUUUUGCAUUUGUGGUGAAGCCGUGA